AUGGCUUCAGGCUCACCGUUAAACUAUACGAGAGUCCCCAAUGAAGAGAAUGAGGCUGCUGGCCGCUGUGUACAGGGAGAGCUGCCAUCCACAGAGCCGCAUCGCCCUGCUUUGGCAGAGGCUACUCCAUCUCUGCACGGCCGACCGUCAGUAGAGACUCAAUCUUCUGCUGGUACGAUACGGGUCGAGACUCCUCGGUCUAUGGAGCAGCCAAUUCUAGCCACGACCACCCGUCUUGUUGAUCAACUACAGGAUACCCGGCAGCAUUCACCCCUCAGCUCAUUCAGGCGACGCUUUCAGACCUCCAUACGGCCUUCGUGGCAUGAAGUGUCAGAAAAGGACACUUCCAUUCACAGCACAACGACAGAAUACCGUCACAGCAAGCAGCGGAGUCGUCUCCUGCGAUUGACGAUUGGCGAAUGGGUCAACACGCUUAUUCUAUGCGCCUCAUAUUUCGGCAUUCUUUAUGCCUAUUCUAGAAAGCUCACCAUCGACGUCCAACAGCGCAAGAUCUUCAACGCCCUGACCACAGGCAACACGUUGCUGCUUGGUGUAAAUCUGGCCGCAUCGUUGCGCAGUUAUGCCAAACUGAUGCGUUGGCGAUUGCUGGCGGUGUGCUAUCGACCUCUGCUGACCUUCGACCUGAUCAUGGGAUGUGGCAGUCUCAUGAACGUGGUCAAACUGCUCUGGAAAGCCCGAAACAACAGAUCCAACUACCUCCCAUCCAAAACUCAGAUCUUGUGCCUGUUCUGGCUCCUCGUCCACCUGGCCAUAGCGAUCCUUGUCGGCAUAAUCGGCCUGAACUAUAAUCUCGACACAUCGCAGAAUUUUGUCCUCACAAGAAAAGGGCCGGUCAGUAUACUGAAUCUGAAUGCGCUUGACUCGGGCAAUUAUAUGAUGGACCUCAGCGCUGUCCAACAAUGGGGCGUCAGAGGCGAGAUGGCGACAGCCCUCCCGUUACCCAACUUGCCCCCGGGUGGGAUCUACAUACCCGAACGCGGCUUGGCUUAUUUUUCGUCAUACCUCGGACAUACCUCCUACUUCUUCAAGGACUUCAACGCGAACAAGUCAACAGGGGCCAGCAUUGUCUCAACCCGAUACAUCAACGCAACUGCUUACUGCAAUGCUUAUAAGGUAGUCGAGGGUCAGUAUGGCAAUCUGUCAUACGUAAUUUACAAUGACGGCUACAAAGACGUCAAUCAGUCGCUUCCUGCCCCGCCCGGCCCCGCGGGUCUUCUGUUCAUGUCCAUGUUGAACUCGUCGCCCUCGAUCUGUCCCAGCACAAGGUGUGUCGAUAUCCGAUCGUUUCAGGCUCAAACGCUACCCAGCAACGUAGUCGACGACAACGAGCGUUCGAUACCCGAAGCACGUUUCUUCCAAUGCAACAACACCGUUACGCAGGUGAAAGAUCGAAACCGCAAACUCUCUUCGAAUUAUUCCGUGUCAGAUGUUGUCGCGAGAAUGCUUGCGGGCGCAAUCGGGUGGAGCGACAAUCCUCCCGUGCUAGAUGGGCAAGCGCUGUCGACAAUGUACACCAACUCCUCCUCCUACCGCUUCAACUACAUCCCCCGGGAGGUAGAUAUGGCCAGCUCCAUCGCAUCUUUCACCAUGGGAGCCAUUGCCAUCAUGGACGUGGAAGGAAGGGCACGAAAAAACGUCUCGGACGGCGAGCAACCGGUCGAUGCGCAGAUUCUGCAUGUCACUUGGGAAUACGCGGGAACCAUAUUAGUCCUCCUCCCAUUCAUUCAUUUUGUGACACUGAUGGCCGUCAUUAUAUGGGCGAACAAGGCCAUCAUCAAAGACGAUAGCCACUUGGCCAUUGCGAAGGCCUAUCAUACGCUCCUCUCGCAAUUAGGCGACCGUGGUUGCCUGCUGCGAGGCGAGCAGAUCGUCCGAGUGCUGGACAAUCCGUUGGUCGUAUAUGGUUGGAGCCGGGGCCGUGAAGAGGGCGGGCCGAUGCAUGUCGAUGUGUUUGAGGGAGAUCCAGACCAUCUCAGAGACCUGGACCCCUUCAUGGAGGGUUUGUACGGUGGGGAUGACAGGAUCGACAAUGCCAUUACUACAGCCACGACGACUAAUACGUACGGUGAGCGUGCUUCUGCUCGACCACGGAUGGGAGCAGUACCGUGA